CAAGACGUAAGAAUCAGUCGUGCCUCGACAUCCAUAGGAGCAACAUGGAAGAUCAAAGUGUUGAAGGAUGUUACCCGGCACGUCGCUUCGUCAGCUACCUUAGUGCAUAGCGAAUGGCGUCUACGGCGGGGACAGGGCUAGAUGGUUUCCCCUGUUGUAAAUAUAUGUAUUUUCAUGUCAUUGUACCCAAUGUUAUUGUACCUGUAUUGAUGGUCAAAAGAGCAUUUGAUUGCAUAUAUACACAGCGAGUCAUGUCAUGGGCCCUCAAUAUGUUUACACUUGCACUUCAGCACGAGUCAUGCGCUGCGCAUCAACUCCAGCUUAGUCCAUCUUCCCAUCCUGUGUCUCGACAUGCUAUUUUCAUCCGCCACGACAAUGACUACAGUGCGUGGAGCAGCAUGGAGAGCCGCGCCACUGUGACCAGCCCGCCCGAGUCUGAUACGCCAACAUCGAGAAUCGCGUCCAUAUCUCAACUCGUUUUCCGUGAAGCCUCCAUACUUCUCCAUAUAGACGAGUCUUAUCCUUCCACUCCCUAUCCUGGUGGCCAACGUCAUGGGCUCUCUUGAUCGUUUGGAACCGGCGGAAAAAAUUGAAGAAUCAUCCACAGAAACGAACGUGAUCAGGCGCCAAGGAACCCGGGAGGACCGCCAGUUACGUGGUUGGAUUACUGUUAUUCUGCUAUUAAUAGGUCCUCCUACAGCGCUCAUCACUUGUCUAAUCCUCCUCGCAAACCGGAAGCACUCCGAUCCAGCACAAUGCGCGAACAGGAGCCUCGACGUCGGUUUCCAGGGGACCCGGAUUCUUAUGGGUU